AUGCAAAACAGUGAGAAACGAACUGUAAGUUCACGAGCGAGGAUUCUCCUGUCCCUCCUCAAAGCCAACCCAUUCCGUAAACUAACAACGGAUGAUGUCAAUGCCAACCCCCCGCCGUUUAGCGUUUUCUGCGGUGGAACCGAAAUCUACUCGUUCCCGGCGUCAGAGUCGGACGCAACGGAAAGAAUUCAAGAAAAUGUCAGACACUUCAUAGGAAACUACAUCUCUGUCUUCGUUGUCUUUUUCUUGAUCUCUCUGUAUAAGCAACCGAUAGCGUUUCUUACGCUGCUUGCGAGUUUUCCGGUUAAGGAUUAUCUCGACCAUUCGAUUACUAAAAGAGGACUUGAUCAAGCUUACCCCUUCAUUCGUCGUUUACUUUUCUUCAUUUCCAAAGCAGGUUGGUAA